AUGGCGGCCAUGUCUUCCUCUACGCAAACCUCUCCUCCCUUGCAGGCCGAGCAAGACGCCUGCGCGGAAGCGGAAACCAGCAACCCCGAACUCUACCGGCAUUUCGCCAACCUGGUCUCCUCCUUGCCGAGCUCACAAGGCUUGUCCAACAGCCAAUUCUACCGCCACGACCACGGUUGGCACUGCAGCAUGGUGCCCAUGGUCGGCGCCAUGGUCGCCGACGCGUGCUUCACCGCGCGGCCAUCGGACAUCGUCGUCGCCACCCUGCCCAAGUCCGGCACCACGUGGAUCAAGUCGCUCUUGUACGCCACCGUGCACCGGAGGGAGCACCACCCCGGCGCCGACGCCGCCGGCCACCCUCUAACCUCACUCGGCCCCCACGGGUGCAUCAGGUUCUUCGAGUACCAGCUCUACACGAGGGAAAGGCUCUGUUUCCCGGAAACAAAAGACGGCUCUGCCGUCAAAAGAACCCGGUACACUAAGUGA